GAAAGAUAUGGCAGAAGUACUUCCGGGUUCAUUUAAAUGAGCGGUUUAGUCUAUUUUGAAACAAUUUUUCAUUGCCUAUGUAGAGCUUAUAUGUUAUCCUUUCUAUUUUAAAGUGGACAUUAAUCACAAAGUAAACGAUUAGGGAGGAAAAUUACACACAGCAAAUAAUGCUGCCGACGGGAGCGGCUGUAACCACAGCUUUGGCACAAGUUGACCGGGAGAAAAUUUAUCAGUGGAUUAAUGAGUUGUCUAGUCCUGAGACACGUGAAAAUGCAUUACUGGAACUUAGUAAGAAGAGGGAGUCUGUCCCUGAUCUGGCACCUAUGCUUUGGCACUCCUGUGGCACCAUAGCAGCUCUGUUACAGGAAAUUGUUAAUAUCUAUCCUUCUAUAAACCCACCAACUUUAACAGCACAUCAGUCCAACAGAGUAUGCAAUGCCCUGGCACUUCUGCAGUGUGUAGCAUCUCAUCCAGAAACAAGGUCUGCAUUUCUAGCUGCUCACAUUCCACUUUUCCUUUAUCCUUUUCUACACACAGUUAGCAAAACACGCCCCUUUGAAUAUUUACGACUUACCAGUCUUGGUGUGAUAGGUGCUCUAGUUAAGACUGAUGAGCAAGAAGUGAUCAACUUUUUACUUACAACAGAGAUCAUUCCCCUUUGUUUGCGGAUCAUGGAAUCAGGAAGUGAACUAUCAAAAACGGUUGCUACUUUCAUACUUCAGAAAAUUCUUCUUGAUGACACAGGGUUGGCAUAUAUUUGCCAGACCUAUGAGCGCUUUUCUCACGUUGCUAUGAUAUUGGGUAAAAUGGUCCUGCAACUAUCUAAAGAACCUUCUGCUCGUCUUUUGAAACAUGUGGUUCGUUGUUAUCUUCGCUUGUCUGACAACCCAAGGGCAAGGGAAGCUCUACGGCAAUGCCUGCCUGAUCAACUCAAAGACACAACUUUUGCUCAAGUCUUGAAAGAUGAUACUACAACCAAACGAUGGUUGGCCCAGCUAGUGAAGAAUCUACAAGAAGGUCCAGUUACAGACCCAAGAGGAAUACCUCUUCCACCCCAGUAGUGUUGCUACUAAGAAUCAUUAAGAACAUUAUUGUGAUAAAGAUGGACAACCAAGUUAUCCAUUUUGAGUGGAGAAAUGGUACAAAGUUGAUACUGUUUGCUUAAAAUACUGAAACUCUGCAGGUGCUGAAUUAUAGUAGAAACAUUAAGCAUCUUUGAAUGCUUCCCUGUGCAAAAUCAGGAGAAAAUUAGAAGAAAACUCUUCAGCUCCAGGAUUUUUUCCCCUUGUUAAUAAACAAAGAAGACUGUACACAUUUGUUUCACUAGUUUUUCUAGUAAACUUUUCAUUAAGUAUUUUUGCCCUCCUACACAUGGUACCAGUGUUACGGAUAAGAGUUCUGAUCUCUGUAUUUAUUUCAGCUGGUUGAGCCUCCUUGAAGCCUUGUGCACAUUUUGUGAAUUAUCUUCUAAUGAAUGGAUUACAUUUUGAAAGCUCCAUAUCCUUCAGAAAUUAAACUGUUAGUUAAAACAAAGAGAUGAACUAACAAAGAUCCACAUGUCCACAAUAUAAUUAAUACAGAUUUAAUAGGAAGUCAGUUGUGUCAGCUAUGGAAAUAGAAAUACUUUUUAAUAUACAGUGACUGGCUGAUUAAUGUACUGUAACUAUAGUAAUUUUCUCUGGAAUUACAAUAUAUAAUACAGACUUUGACAAGUCUGGAAAGAUGUGAAAAUCUGUUGCAGAGUAUUCAAAAUAGAUGUCAAAUUUUAUAUUGAAGAUACUAUUAUAGUUCAGUAAAAGAGCAGGUCAUGCUUUUAAUGCUCAGUUGGACUUGUUUUGUUAUACCUGUCAUGCCAUCUGCUCCGCAGUGCCUUCCUUUUAAUAAAAGCAGCUUUCCCCAAAAGAAAACACCAGCUAAUCCAGUGUUUUAUUAUAAUAAAUCCUGAUAGAAAUUAUUUAAUGAAACCAACAAGGAAAAUCA